GGCGGGGCUUGCAGUUGGACCCACCCUCGGGCUCGUGUCCAGCGGGCCGCAUAGCGGACAUGGCGGGCUCCCGGCUCCCGCGGCAGCUCUUCCUCCAGGGCGUGGCCGCCGUCUUCUUGUUCGCCUUCGCUUCCCUCUACACACAGAUCCCGGGCCUAUAUGGCACUGAGGGCAUCCUACCUGCGCGGAGAACACUGCGGCCGCAGGGCAAGGCGCGCUGGCAGCAGCUGUGGGAGGUCCCAACGCUGCUGUGGGAGGCGCCGCGGCUGGGACUGGACACAGCGCAGGGCCUGGAGUUGCUGAGCCUGCUGGGCUCCUUGCUGGCUCUGGGUGCCCUGCUGCUGCGCCGUCUGUGCCACCCCCUCACCUACCUGCUGCUCUGGGCCGCCUACCUGUCAGCCUGCCAGGUGGGCCAGGUGUUUCUGUAUUUCCAGUGGGACUCCCUGCUGCUGGAGACUGGCUUCCUGGCCGUGCUGGUGGCCCCCCUGAGGCAGCCCCCCUGGGGCAGGCUGUCAGAGGCCUCGCCCCACGAAGGCCUCCCCUUCUGGCUCGUGCGCUGGCUGCUGUUUCGCCUCAUGUUCGCCUCGGGUGUGGUCAAGCUGACCAGCCGUUGCCCCGCGUGGUGGGGGCUUACUGCCCUCACCUACCACUACGAGACACAGUGCCUGCCCACACCUGCCUCCUGGUUUGCCCACCACCUGCCCGUCUGGCUGCACAGGCUCAGUGUGGUGGCCACCUUCCUCAUUGAGGUCGCGGUGCCCCCUCUGUUCUUCGCCCCGACUCGCCGCCUACGCCUGGCUGCCUUCUACUGCCAGGUCCUGCUGCAAGUUUUGAUUAUCAUCACGGGCAACUAUAACUUCUUCAACCUGCUCACCCUGGUGCUCACCACCACCCUCCUGGAUGACAAGCACCUGGCUGCCGAGCCUGGCAACAGCCACUGCAAAAAGACAGCCACCUUCUGGCUCAAGGCCCUGCUGAGCUUGCUGCUGGAAUUGACCGUUGGCGGGCUGCUGGCCUACGGCACCGUGCACUACUUUGGCCUGGAGGUCGACUGGGAACAGUACACUGUCCACUCCAGGACCACCUUCACCUUCCACCAGUUCUCCCAGUGGCUGAAGACGGUGAUUCUGCCCACCAUGUGGCUGGGGGCGGCCUCCCUCGGCUGGGAACUGCUGACGGCCCUCUGGAGGUGGACCCAGGUGCGAGGGUGGCUGCGGAAGCUCUGGGCUGCCGUUCAGCUGUCCAUCUUUGGCACUGCCACAGUGGCCUUGUUCACAAUCAGUCUGGUGCCAUACUCCUACAUGGAGCCCUCCACCCAUGGGCGCCUCUGGACCGGGGCCCAUCGCCUAUUUGGCGCCGUGGAGCACCUGCAGCUGGCCAACUCCUAUGGCCUCUUUCGCCGGAUGACUGGUCUGGGUGGGCGGCCUGAGGUGGUGCUGGAGGGCAGCUACGACGGGCACCAUUGGACGGAGAUCGAGUUCAUGUACAAGCCUGGGAAUGUGAGCCGGCCGCCCCCAGUCGUGGUGCCCCACCAGCCGCGCCUUGAUUGGCAGAUGUGGUUUGCGGCCUUGGGCCCGCACACGCACAGCCCCUGGUUCACGAGCCUGGUCCUCUGCUUGCUACAGGGCAAGGAGCCAGUGAUCCUCCUCAUCCAGAACGAUGUGACCAGGUACCCGUUCCACAAGCAGCCGCCCAACUUCGUGCGGGCCCAGCGCUACAAGUACUGGUUCUCACAGCCGGGGGAACAGGGCCAGUGGUGGCGACGCCAGUGGGUUGAGGAAUUCUUCCCACCCGUGUCGCUGGGAGACCCCACGCUGGACAUGCUGCUCAGGCAGUUUGGUCUCCAGGACAAGAGCCCACCCCGGGUCCGAAGCUCCAGCAACACCCUCACCCAAGCUCUGCACUGGGUCCGGAGACAGCUGUCUCCCCUGGAGGCCCCCACCCUGCUCUGGGGGCUCAUCUUCACAGUGGGGGCCAUUAGGAUCGUACAGGCCCUGCUCGGGCACCGUCCCUCCGGGUCCUGCCCGGCAGCCAGGAAGGAGAACCACAGGCCAGCACCCAAGGACUCCGGAGUUACCCCAGCCCCCACCAACAGCAGCAGUUCCCAGCCGCCCCAGCGGAGAAAGUAGCAUGUUCUGUCAGCCUUAUGUCUGUCCCAGGAGGGCCAGGGUUCCGAGCACACCUCUGGUCCUCUGGAGCAGGACAUGGCCCAGCCACCUGUGCCUUAGCCCACUCUCCUGGCAGACGCAGGUCGGGGUGCCAGCCUCAGGGCACACUCUGGCUGCCCCGGUGCUUCGAGGAUCUACUUGUCCCCUGCCAAUCAUGUCCCUGCUGGGGCCACCCUCUGCCUGGAUGACAGCCCUGCAUGGGGUGUGUGAUGAGCUCAGGGUCCUUACCAUUCGUUGUAAUCAGGGCUGCGGGAGGCCGCAGUCUGACAGCCCAGCCUAGCCCCUGCACAGGGGGAGGGCCCUGAGGUCACGCAGGUCCAGGAACCAAUAAAGGUGGCUCCGUGCUUGA